UGGUGAAUUUAAUGCUGACCGAAGGAAUUCGAAAGUGGUCUACUGUUGCUAUCUCGUGAUUAGGAGGAAACUAUGGCUCCCAUAAUCUUGAAGUGUUUUCUCCUGUUUUUGCCAGCAUUUUUGGCUUGCAUUCUCCAAGCGAACGGGGAUGAAAACCUUGCUUCUGUGGUACUUGGUAGUGAUGGCCAAACUUUGGUUUUAAAACCUGGAUAUGAUUCUUCUCAGCCGAUGGUCGCCUGGGGUAAAUUCGAUGAUAAGAUCAACUACACCGGAUGGGCUUUCCUUGAGAUCCAUUCAAAUGCAUCAUUAUCAGACACAAUGCAAGCAAAGGCAGCUGGAAUGACAGAGGGAUCUUUAACUGCAGAACUAAUGCACAAAAGUUAUCAGAAUACGUUAGCUAGCUUCUGCAAUGCUGAUCCUCAAUUUUGUGAGAAGCUGGGAAAGUUUCUUGAUGAUAACCUGAAGUGGAUAUCUGAGCAAAUUGCCAGCAACCCUACUGAUAAAUAUUGGUAUCAGAUAAACCUGAUCCUGCAGCAGUUUGAGGGAAUAAAGGAAGGCUAUCUGCUGAACAAAGGUGUUCCUUCUAUUGAUGAUCUAGGAUUCCUCCUUAUACAAGCUGAUGGUGACCUAUUUGCUCUGGAGCAGGCAUUGGGAAAGAAGAAAGUCCACCAUGUCUUUGGCUCAGGAUCCUGUUCAGCUCUUAUAAAGUUGUUGCCUGGCAACAAAGACUUGUACAUCUCUCAAGUCACCUGGACAUCAUAUGCACAGCUGCUAAGAGUGUUUAAACUCUAUGACUUUCCAUUUACUGUUAAUGGAAAUAAAGGAGAAAUUAUUCCAGGAAGAAGAACAAGUUUCUCCUCUUACCCUGGCCUUAUGACAAGUGGAGAUGAUUUUUACCUGUUAAGCAGUGGAAUGGUCUCUCAGGAGACUACAAUUGGUAACAGCAAUCCAGAGCUGUGGAAAUAUGUAUAUGCAGAAGGAAUUGUUUUAGAAUGGAUGCGCACACUAGUUGCCAAUCGUUUGGCAAGGACAGCCGCUGAAUGGACGUAUUUUUUUGGAACACACAACAGUGGAACCUACAACAAUCAGUGGAUGGUUCUUGAUUAUAAACUGUUCACUCCGGGUGGGCCGAUCAUUCCAGGAACACUGUUGAUACUGGAGCAGUUACCAGGGAUCGUUGAACUCGCAGAUAUGUCUGUCUUCUUGCAGGAGAAGACAUACUGGGCUAGCUACAAUAUACCCUAUUUCCCGUACAUAUACAACAUGAGCGGAGCGAGAGAAAGCUAUGAGAAGUAUGGCUCAUGGUUUAGUUAUGAUGGAGCUCCAAGGGCACAGAUGUUCAAACGUGAUCACAGCAAGGCUGUUGAUAUAGACAGCAUGAUGAAACUUAUGAGGUAUAAUGACUACAAACACGAUCCAUUGGCUCGUUGUAACUGCACUCCACCCUACAGCGGAGAGAAUGCCAUCUCUUCUCGAUCGGACUUGAAUCCAGCUGAUGGGAAAUACCCGAUUGAGGCACUCGGUCAUAGGCAACAUGGAGGAAUUGACGCCAAGGUAACAAAUUCAAAGAUGGUGAAGACGUUGCAGUGUAUGGCAGUCAGCGGCCCAACGCAUGACCAGCAGCCUGUCUUUAAAUGGAGCACGUCUGGUUGGAAAAGGCCCAUGGGACAUCCUGACGCUUGGGACUUUGAACCAAUCACUGUCACUUGGGAUGUCAAUUUGUCAGACGAUUGAGAUCCACUUUUUACUUCGAAUUAUCCCUGUGUAUGUGUGUGGUUUUUAUUUUCCUGAAACCUGAUACCACAAUAAGAAAAAGAACUUUUCUUAUUGUCUGUAUUGUCUUAUUACUGUAUUGUCUGUAUUUCUUAUUGUCUGUAGUCAAGAAAGAGAAAUUCUAAAUCAAUUGCGCGGUAUGUGGUCCCGAUCAGAGGAGUUCAGAAAAGAACUUAUUUGACUGAAAAAGGCUCAGUAGGUGGCAGUCAUGUCACAUAGCUCUGCUAAUGACUUCGGCAUAAGUUGUCCCAAAGUCAGUUACCGUCAUCGCAAACAUUCAUUUUCAGAACUACUCACAAUUAGACGAUUACAUUGUUCUGCACUAGAGAUUGUAAGCAUUUAUCGUGGCAACUACCGUAUUUUUGCAACAUGUUUAAUUUGUUAUGGAGUAUGUAGUUUUGAAUAUAAUAUUGUGAUUAAACUGACUCUGUUCAGAUUUUUUUUUAAAACACAGCA